CUUUGUUUCCGUGCUGGAUGUUUUAUUCUCUUUUUUCACGUGAAUGGUUUAUUUUGUAACUUCAGCAACAGGAGGGGAUGCAAGGAUAUAUUCUUUAAGAAAACAUCCGUCUGAACUGAAGCAGUAGCCCAUCAUUUGUAGACACUAAAUAUUCCCCAGCCUCCCUGAAAGACAAGAGGGAGUAUGGGCGACAAUAAAUCUGGAGGAAUAGUUGCAGCUGCAAAGAACCGUCUGCAAGUGGUGAAAGGCCUGGGGGAUGUGGAGGUACCUGAGUGUGAGAGCUGUUCCUUUGAGGUGACUCUCAACCUUGCAUACAUCGAAGGCAUGUGGAUGAAGGAUGGGCUGCCGGUUAAAUCCAAGCCCAACUGUCGCAUCAACAUGAAUGGGAAAAAACACUCUCUUCUACUGAAACGGGUGACUUUGGGAGAUGCUGGUUUGUUCUCUUUCCAUGCCAACGACGUUCAGACCUCAGGACAACUCAGUGUCACAGCUAGGGAAAUCUAUAUUGUGAAGGAGCUGGAGAAUAUAGAUACAAUGGAGCGCCAGCCCGUAAACUUUAUCUGUGAGGUCAACCAGGCGGAUGUGGAUGGUCGAUGGUACCGUGACGACUGCCGGAUUCGAACUGGAGACAACAUCAAGAUCAGGCAUCAGGGUAAAAUCCACACCUUGUUCUUCAAGUCAGUCAGACCAGAGCAUGCAGGAGAGAUCAGAUUUACUGGAGAGCGUGUUUCGUCUUAUGCAACUCUUAUUGUAAAAGAGCUCCCGGUCCAAAUAGCCCGACCUCUGAGGGUCAAGAUAGCCAUGUAUCACCACCGAGGUCUGUUGGAGUGCCAGGUGUCACGAGCCAAUGCUCAGGUCAGGUGGUACAAGAGCAGGAAGGAGCUCCUGCCCUGCAAGAAGUACCAACUAAUCAGCCAAGAUAUCUACAGGCAGCUGACCAUUGAAGAUGUCUGCUCCUCAGAUGAAGACACCUACACAUGUGAUGCAGGGGAUGACAAAACAUCAUGUCAGCUUCUGGUGGAAGAGCAGGCUAUCAGCAUAGUACAUGGACUGAAAUCAGUGAAUGUGAUGGAACCAGAGCCAGCACUAUUCCAGGCAGAGACCAACAUGAAGUCAGGGAGGCCACCGAAGUGGACCUUGAAUGGUGAAGUUCUGGAGCCCUGUGCAACAGUGGACAUGGACAGGGAGGGGACCGUCCACAGCCUCUGCUUCACCGCCACAGACAGCUCCAUGUCGGGGCCCGUGGUGUUUGUGGCUGGGAAAAGCCGUUCCACUGCUCAGCUUACUGUCAACGAGCGACCUCUUCAGGUUGUUCACCAUUUGGAUGAUGUGGAAGCAAAGGAGAACAGCUCUGUGACUCUGAGCUGUGAGUUUGUCCCCUCUCCAAGGGUGGUGCGGUGGUUUAAAGGUCGGACAGCUUUGAAGACCUCUAAUAAGUUCAUCCCGAGGAGAGAAGGGAAACGGGCAGAGCUCAUGAUUCAUGGCCUGACGGGGAUGGAUGCAGGGCAGUACCGCUGCAUGGCGGGAGGUUCUCAGAGCUCAGCACAGGUCAACGUAGAAGUGAAAACCCUGAGGAUGGUCAAACACCUUGAACCAGUGGACAUCGAGGAAGAUGGCAUUGCCACUUUCUCAUGUGAACUCAACUAUGUGGUUGCCAAUGUGGAGUGGAUCCUCAACAAUGUCCGCCUCUAUUCCAGCGCUAUCAACAGGAUACAGCACAUGGGCACGAUGCACACCCUUAAAAUGAAGAAGCUGCAGCCACAGCAGAGCAGAAUCACUUUCAAAGCAGGUCUCCUCAUUGAGACAACCACCCUAAAGGUUAAGGAGCGCCCAGUUGUGUUCCUCAGGUCUUUGGAAGAUGUAGCUGGAGAGGAGCAAGGAGAAGUUUCCCUGCAAUGUGAAAUUUCCAAAGAUUCAGUGACACCUGUUUGGAGAAAGGAUGAUAUGAUUUUGACAGCUGAUGACAAACAUGAGCUGCUGCAGCUUGGAAAGUCCAUGGCACUGAUCAUCCAUUCACUUAGUAAGGAUGAUGCUGGACAUUACAUUUGCGACGUGGGCACCAGUCAGUCCAAGGCAAGAGUUAUAGUACAUGACCUACACAUUGCUAUUGCCCAGCGCCUGAAGACGACCUCUAUCCUGGAGGGUGAAAGCUGCACUUUUGAGUGCCAUCUCUCUCAUGAUCUAAAUGAUGAGCCUUGUUGGACAAUCAAUGGUCAGAAGGUUGUUACAAACAGCCAUAUCCAGCUAAUCAAUAAUGGCUGCAAGUACAAGAUGACCAUCAGGGAUGUGGCAAUUUCUGACGCUGGAGAUGUGGUCUUCACAAUUAAAGACCUAAGCUGUAGGACCAUGUUAUUUGUUAAAGAGAAGCCAGUGCACAUCUUUAGAGAGCUGUUGAAUGUCAAAGCAGUACCUGGGGAGGAUGCAGAGCUGAGCUGUGAAAUCACCAAACCAGAAGUCACCAUUCAUUGGCUGAAGGAUGGACAUGUUAUCAGGCCGAGCCCGAAGUAUGAAAUGAGUGUGGAGAAGAACCUUGCGCGACUUGUAAUCAAGCAUGCCAGCAUCAAGGACUCUGGACAGUACUGCUGUCAGGCUGAUGGUGUUGCUUCCCACGCCAAGCUGGAGAUCAGAGAACUCCAACACACAUUUGCGAGGGAACUGAAAGAAGCCCGAGGAGAGGAAAAGGGUAAGGUGACCCUGGAGUGUGAGACCAGGAGGCCGGCCAAGCGUGUGACUUGGCGGAAGGGCAUGGUGGAGCUGAGGUCUGGGAAGAAGUAUGUAAUCAGGCAGAAGGGGGUGGUGCUGUUCCUAACCAUCACCUGUCUGGAGAAAUUGGACACGGACAUUUACAUAUGUGACGUUGGUACCAUGCAGAGCCGGGCACAGCUGACUGUGCAGGAUGAGAAAGUGGUAAUCUUGGAUGAAUUAGAAGAUGUAGAGUGUCUUGAGGGGGACACAGUCACAUUCAGAUGUCGAAUUUGUCCCAGUGACUACGCCGGUGUUAAGUGGUAUCUGGAUGAGACUCUGCUUUAUACCAAUGAGCUCAAUGAGAUCCAGAUGGUUCCAGGGGGCUACCACAGCCUCACAUUUAGACAGCUCGCUCGCAAAGACACUGGAACUAUUUCAUUUUCAGCAGGAGACAAAAGAUCCUAUGCUUCUCUAUUGGUUAGAGAAAGGCGCCCCACCAUUAUCAAAGCCUUGGAGGACUGUGAGGCUUUUGAAGGAGGUGGUUUGGUUUUGUCCUGUCUGACGUCCAAGCCCUGCCACAUCCUGUGGUACAAAGAUGGCUGCUUGAUGUGGAACUCCUCCAGAUACUUUGCAGGUCGCUUCGGAUGUGAAGCUCGGCUGACUAUUCGGGAGGUUUGCAACAGCGAUGCUGGGGUGUACGAAUGCAGCGCUGGAUCUGUCACUACUAGGUCUGCUGUAACUGUUAAAGCAAUACCAGCAGAGUUCACCCAGCUACUAAGUUCUGUGGAGGCCAAAGAAGGAGAAGUGGUUACCUUAACCUGUGAGUACUCGCUUCCUGGGGUCCAGUUUCACUGGAGAAAAGGCUUUGAGAGUAUCAGGCCUGGAGACCGGUACGUGAUGAAGCAAAGGAAGACCAUCAUCUCGCUAACCAUCAAAGCCCUUAUGCCUGAGGACUCAGGAGAGUAUAGUUGUCAGUGCAGAGAGCAUCAAACAAAAGCAAGCCUAAAAGUGCACUCUAUUCCCAUUACUUUCAUUCAACAACUAAAGAACUUGCAAGCUGUUGAGGGCAGCAGUGUCAUUUUGCGCUGUGAAAUUUCCAAACCUGGAAUACCAGUAGAGUGGAGGAAGGAGCAAGAGCUGCUGAGGAAUGGGGUCAAAUACCAGAUUAGGAAAAGGGAGACCACCUUGGAGCUCCUGGUAUGGAAGCCCGUGCCUGAGGACAGUGGGGUCUACAGCUGCGUGUGUGCCGAUCAGAUGACAUCUGCCACAGUCAAGAUUACUGAUCUACCAGUCACCUUCAAACAGAAGCUGAGGAAUGUUUCAAUUGAGGAGAGCAACACUGCAACAUUACGCUGUGAGCUGUCUAAGCCUGGUCACACAGUAGAGUGGAGGAAAGGUGGGAAUGAACUCCUCAGGAACGGACAGAAGUAUCACAUCCGGCAGAGAGACUUGCUUGUUGAACUGAGGAUCUUUGACGUGACACUUGAGGACAGCAAUAUCUACACAUGCAUCUGUGGAGACAUAGAGACCACUGCCACUCUGACUGUGAAUGCCAUUCCUGUUACCUUCAAACAAAAGCUGAGGAAUCUUCAAGUUGAAGAGGGACAUAACAUCACACUGCAAUGUGAGAUUUCUAAAUCUGGUGUCCCAGUGGAGUGGAGGCUUGGAGGAGAGCAGCUAGACAACGGAGAGAAGUACCAGAUAAAACAGAGGGACUUUGCCCUGGAGCUCACCAUCAGAGAUGCUGAACCAGAGGACAGUGGUAUCUACACCUGUGUGUGCAGAGAGCAGAAAACAAAGGCCACUGUAAAAGUUAUUGCGGUUCCUGCCACAUUUAAAGUGAGCUUGAAGAGCCAAGAAGGUGAGGAAGGGAAAAACGUGACAUUAUGCUGUGAGCUCUCAAAGAAGGGAGUUCCUGUUCAAUGGCAAAAAGAGGGUCAGGAGUUGUCUCGGUAUGUCAAUCGAGGAAAGUAUGAGAUGAAGUUUGAAGGAAAGAAAGCGCUGAUUACCAUUUUCAACAUACAAUCAGAAGAUGCCGGGAAAUACAGCUGCAUCACAGGAGAUGAGAAAACCACGGCCGAAGUCAGAGUGAAACCACUUCCUGUCACCUUCGACCGUGAGAUAGAGCGCCUUGUGGUUAAAGAAGGCGACUCUGGAGUUUUCUGCUGUGAGGUUUCCAAGUCUGGAGCUCAUGUGCAAUGGAGAAAAGGCAGAGUCACUCUUAAGCCUGGAGAGAAAUAUGAAAUGAAACAGGAGGGUUGUCUCACUAAACUGAUUAUCAACAACGUGGAGGAAAGUGAUGCUGGCAAAUACAUCUGCAAGACUAAAGACAGCCAAUCAAGUGCUGAGCUCAUUGUCCAAGAAUCACAUGCGCGCAGACGUCAAAGAGCUUUACCGCCUAGUUUCAAGAUACUGCUAGCCAAUCAAGAGGUAACAGAGGGCAAUAGUGUGGUUCUGCGCUGUGAACUCAACAAGCAUGCUCCGUCAGUGGAGUGGAGGAGAGGUGGAGAGGUGCUGAAGAAUGGAGACAAGUACCAGAUGAGGAAAAAAGAUCUGCAGGUGGAGAUGAAGAUUGCCGACCUCAGUGUGGAGGACACUGGGGAAUAUACUUGCACAUGUGGAGAAGAGAAGACAACAGCCAGGAUUAUAGUUAAUGAACGGCCCAUUAAGUUCAUCCAAGAACUGAAGAAUAUUCAGAUACAGGAAGGAAAUGGAGUGACACUGUCCUGUGAGCUCUCCAAAUCAGGAGUCCCAGUGCUUUGGAAGAAAGGAAACAGUGUGCUGACCAGUGGAGAAAAGUACCAGAUGAAGCAGAGUGGCUCCAUACUAGAACUUCUCAUCAGGAAAAGUCUUCCUGAUGACAGUGGCACAUACAGCUGUGUUUGUGAUGACAUACAAACAACAGCGACUGUCAUCAUUACUGCAAUCCCAGUGACUUUCAAGCAGAAACUGAAGAACCAGGAAGCUGUGGAAGAAGGUUAUGUGAUGUUACGGUGUGAACUUUCUAAGCCUGGAGUGGAGGUGGAGUGGAGGAGAGAUGCACAACUCCUGAAGGAGGGAGAAAAGUAUCAAAUGAAACAAGAGGGCCGAGUGGCUGAAAUGCUGAUAAAAAACCUAACUCUGGCAGAUGCUGCGGAGUACAGCUGUUUUGCUGGAAGUGUUGUGACUUCGGCUGAUGUCAAAAUAAGAGCACUUCCUGUAACGUUCAAGCAAGAAGUUGUGGAUUUGGAGGUGAAGGAAGGCGACAGUGGGGUUUUCUGCUGUGAGCUUUCCAAACCAGGAGCUCCUGUGGACUGGAGAAAAGGCAGAGUCAUCCUAAAGCCUGGUUACAAGUAUGAGAUGAAACAAGAGGGAUGUCUAACUAAAUUGAUAAUCAACAAUCUGGAAGAGAGUGAUGCUGGCAAAUACACCUGCAAAACUCAAGACAGCCAGUCAACUGCUGAGCUCACUGUAAAAGCUCCACCUAUCACAUUCAAAACAAAGCUGAGGAACCAAGAGGUGGAGGAGGAGAACAGCGUAAUGUUGAGCUGUGAGCUGUCUAAGCCCGGCCUCGUAGUGGAGUGGAGGAAAGGAAAAGAACUGCUGAAGAAUGACUUCAAGUACCAGGUUAAAAAUCGAAACAGCAUCAUGGAGCUGACUAUCAAAAACACUCAAGUGGAGGACAGCGGACUCUAUAGUUGUAUCUAUGGAGAUGUGAAAACCACAGCUAAUGUCACAGUUACACCCAUCCCCCUUACAUUUAAGAUGGGAUUAAAGAACCAAGAGGCCCCAGAGGGAGGCAGCGUAUUCCUGCGCUGUGAGCUGUCGAAGGCCGGAGUGCCUGUUCAGUGGUGGAAAGGGGAGGACCAGCUCCUUCAUGGAGGAAGAUUCCAGAUGACACUGAAGGGAAAGAUAGCUGAGAUGACCAUACGAAACAUCCAGCCAGAGGAUGUUGGAGAGUACAGCUGCAUCUUUGGUGUGCAGAAGACAACAGCUGAAGUGAACGUGAGAGCGGCAGCAUCAGUGUCCUUUGAGAAAGAACUAGAGAGCCAAGUGGCCAUGGAGGGGAAAUCGGUGCUGUUGUCUUGCGAAGUUUCCAGUGUUAGUGUCCCUGUCACUUGGAAGAAAGACAACACUGUAGUGGAGGAAGGAGGGCGUUGCAUUGUCAAGAAAAAAGGGCCCUUGCACACUUUGGAGAUCAAGAAAUUACAGCGGGACGAUGCUGGAGAGUACUGCUGUAUCAGCAGGGGCAAAAAGACCACUUGUAAGCUGAUUGUGAAGGAGCGUGUUCGAAUUGUUAGAGAGCUGCAAGACAUGACGGUGACAGCAGGAGAUGAUGCUGUAUUUGUGUGUGAGCUGAGCCACGCAGAUGUGAGUGAGGGUGUCUGGUGGCUGGGCUCCAGCCCGCUGCAGAAGAACGAGAUGAACCAGAUGACACUUCAAGGUCGCCAGCACCGCUUAGUCCUCACAAUGACAACUCCGGAUGAGACGGGCACAGUGGCAUUUGUUGUUGGGGAGGAGAGGACCUCUGCACGCCUGCUCGUUGUUCCUAAGCCCGAAGUGUUAUUUGAAGAGAAACCCAAAGAUACUGUGGUCAUGGAAGGAGAGACGGCUACUUUAUGUUGCACCACCACUGACUUUACCACGCUGGUUACCUGGAGACGCAACCAUAUUCCUCUUCAAAAUGGUGAUAAAUAUGAGAUGCGUAAGGAGGGAAAAGUCAAUUUGCUUCUUAUAUUUGAUGUUGAGCCCCAGGACAUCGGCAUAUACUCUUGUGAUACAGGGGAUGAACAGAGCAGUGCCAAACUUACUGUAACAGAGCUUCCUCCAUUUUUCCAGGAGGAACUUCAAAGUGUGGAAGCUGAGGAAGGAGGUUCAGCCUCCCUGUACUGUGAGCUAUCUAAACUGGGAGUGCCAGUUCAGUGGAAAAAGGACAGGUUACCACUAAGGGCUAGCAGGAAGUAUGAGACGAGGCAGGAUGGAUGCUUUCUUCAGCUUUACAUAAAGGACCUCAAGCUUGAAGAUAAUGGAAGCUAUUCAUGUCAAGCAGGGACUGCAGAGACCACUGCGACUGUGUCCGUGAGAGAGCUCCCGCCAUUCUUCAAGAAAGAGCUAAGGAGUGUAGAGGCUGAGGAGGGGGGUGCAGCUGCCCUGCAGUGUGAGCUGUCUAAACCUGGGGUAUCCGUGCAGUGGAAAAAGAACAGACUGCCUCUCAGAGCAAGCAGAAAGUAUGCAAUGAAACGUGAUGGCUGUCUCCACCAGCUCCACAUCAGUGAGCUGAAACCUGAAGACAGUGGCAGCUACACAUGUCAGGCAGAAGUCACAGAGACCACUGCAAAUCUGUCAGUGAAAGAACUCCCUCCAUAUUUCAAAGAGGACCUGCAGAACACAAAAGCCAAUGAGGGGGGUACAGUUGUGCUGUGCUGUGAAGUGUCCAAAGCGGGUGUCUCUGUGCAGUGGAAGAAGGACACACUUCCCUUGAGAGCCAGCGGAAAGUACGAGAUGAGCCACGAGGGCUGCCUUCUACAACUCAUCAUCAAGGAGCUCAAACCUGAGGACAGCGGCAGCUACACUUGUCAAGCAGGAGCCAUAGAAACCAAAGCAACUGUAUCAGUGAAAGAGCUCCCACCGUUCUUCAAGGAACAAUUGACAAAUGUGGCUGUUGAGGAGGGAAGUACAGCGUGCCUGCGCUGUGAGGUAUCAAAGGCUGGUUUACCAGUACAAUGGAAGAAGAACAGGCUACCAAUAAAAGAGAACAGAAAAUACAAGAUGAAACACGGUGGCUGCUUUCUACAGCUCAUUAUAGAAGAUGUUACAAUUGAGGAUGGCGGCAGCUACUCGUGUCAAGCAGGAACUAUAGAGACCACUGGAGCUGUGACAGUGAAAGAGCUUCCUCCAUUUUUCAAAGAAGAGCUAGCAUGUGUGGAGGCUGAGGAGGGAGGUACUGCCUCCCUGUGUUGUGAGGUGUCUAAACCUGGAUUGUCAGUGCAGUGGAAGAAAAACAAGAUGCCUCUGAGAAACGGCAGGAAGUAUGAAAUGAAACAGGAAGGGUUCCUACUACAGCUCCAUGUCAAGGAUCUCAAAUCUGAGGACAGUGGCAUCUACACAUGUCACGCUGGAAGUGCAGAGACCUCUGCAACUAUAUCAGUGAAAGAGCUCCCAUUAUUCUUCAAGAAAAAAAUACAAAAUGUGGAAGUGGAGGAGGGAGGUAUGGUAUCCUUGUGCUGUGAGCUGUCCAAGCCCGGGGUGUCAGUUCAGUGGAAGAAAACCAGACUGCCACUGAGAGCCAGCAGGAAGUAUGAGAUCAUCCAUGAUGGCAGCUUCCUCCAGCUCAACAUCAAGGACCUAAAACCUGAGGACAGUGGCACCUACACAUGCCAAGCAGGGAGAGUGGAAACCACAGCAAAUGUUGCAGUGAAAGAGCUUGCACCAUUCUUCACCAAAGAGUUACAAAAUAUAGAGGCUGAAGUUGGUGGGAGAGCCUCCCUGUACUGUCAGUUGUCCAAACCUGGAGUGACAGUGCAGUGGAAGAAGAACAAGCUGCCGCUGAGAGCCAGUGGGAAGUAUGAGAUGAAACAGGACGACUGCUCCGUGGAGCUCAUCGUUAAGGAGCUCAAGCCAGAGGACGGUGGUAACUACUCUUGUCACACUGGAGGAGCAGAGACCUCCACAACUGUACAAGUGAAAGAAGUACAGUUCACUCCACCAAAAGCAGAACUUACCACAAUACUGCCACUGGUUAAAGGAAAUAUUUCCAAACCAGCUACUAUCCCAGAGGAUGAGAGACCAGGCUUUUUAGAGACCAAACCUGUUCCUCCUGAGCCCAAAAAGAGGACAAGGAAAGCAUCUAUUACAAAUUCAGAGAAAGACGUGCCGUCGGUUCUUGACCUAAAGGCAUCUGUGGAAAAGGAGAACAAUGAGGUCCAAAAGGGCACACAACCUGCAAGGUCUAUGAAGGAAAACCGUGAUGAUGCACAAAAUCUAACACAAGUGGAAAGGAAUAAAGAGAAAGAUGGGGAGGUGAACAAAAAACCUGACAAGUCAGCAAGACUACCAGAGAAGGAUUAUAGAGUCGACAGAACGGUUGAUAUACCGGAUAGACCUCUGCGUACAGAAAAUGGUGUUGUUUUAGAAACAAACCAACCAGGAGUGAUUUCUGAAGAAGCAGUUAAAGCUGGUGAUGAAACAAGUCCGUCAGAUAGAGUUUUGGGCAACACUCUGAUUGAACUGAAACAGAGGGAAAAGCAACAAAGUCAUUUAGAAGAAACAAAUGAAACAACACAGAAGGUGAAAGAAGCAGGACCAACAAUAAGAAAGAACAACCAGGAUGAAAAAUAUCUUGUCAAACCAAUAGAAACGUUGUUUGGGAAAGAUACACCUAAAGAAAGUGAAACAUCUGCAGAAUAUAAAGGUGAUUUAGACAAGACAGCAGAGGAGACUUUGAAACCACCAGUAAGAUCUAAAGGAAAAGCAACAGAGGUAAAGCAGCCAAUCAAGUGUAUUUCAAAAGAAACAGAGGAAAUCAGUCCUCAUUUGAUAAAGAAUGAUUCUGAAGACCAUAAAUGGACACAUCAAGAAAUAAAGCAAGUGCCCACUAUGAAUCAAAGAGAAGAAAAGCCAAUGAAGGUAAUAUCCCCCAUUAACCAGCUGGACAAACCACCUGUGGAACAACCAGAAAAGCUGGAUGAAAAAGUGCAUGAAUUUUCUCCUCCAAAGCCUCCUUUGAGGACAAAAAGCAAAGUGAAAGGGGGAAUGCAAAAGCAAGUAUCGAGGGACACAGAGACAGAUCAAGAUGAAGAGAAGCUGAUUAUGCAACCGAUAAAGCCGAUGAGAAAGGAGGCUGAAGAGAAAUCAAGAUUGCAGAGGAGCCAGUCCAUUCCAACUGACAGUGAAACAGCGGAUAAAAUAAAGCAGCCUGUAAAGCAACAAGUUAAACCCAUGCAAAAAGAACCUGAAGUGGACCAACAAAUGAAACUGGCGGUUGAGCCGAUGAGAAGAGAUAAAGAACAACAAAUAACAAAGAUGACAGAAGAAAUUCCUCUUCUCUACAUUUCUGAAGAUGAAGCUUUCUCAGAGGCAUUGACUGAUAUACCACCUAACCAUGUCGAUGAUCAGCCCCAUGUUUCCGUUAUUGAGGAGUGUGAAGAUGAGCUGCUAAUCCAGAAUACACAGCCAUCAGAGCAGUCUCCUCUAGACAUCAACGUUGAGGACGAACCACAAAUGCAAGAAGCUGCAGUCAGGAUUCAAGCUGCCUUCAAAGGCUACAAAACCCGCAAAGACAUGCGACCAGUCUUCAAAGAGGUGUUCAAGAACCAGAAUGCAGAUCUGCAUGGUACACUCACCAUAAAGUGUGUUGUAGAGGGAAAAUUCAGCACAGUGUGCUGGCUAAAAAAUGGCCAAAAUAUGACGAAUGAUAAUCGAUGCCGGAUCAAAACUUCAGAGAAUGGAGAAUGCACACUCGUCAUCAAAAAUCUGAUUAACAGUGACAGUGGUGUUUAUACAUGUGAGGUGGCAAACAAGUUUGGUGGGAUUUCCUACAAUGGGAACAUAACUGUAGUAAAGCCUGGACAGCCUGCGCCUGCAGUCCAGAAGCCUGUCCAUCCACCCCUUGCAGCCAUAACUCCUUUGCAGCUCGCCACACCAAAGCCUGACAUUCAAGUAAAAACACAGACUCAGAAUCCACCACAGAGUCAGACAAAGGUUCCCACUUCAGGUGCAGAUGCUGGAAACUAUGUUGAAAGUGUAAGUAUCUCUUUGUGGGAAGCCUACAACCUGACAGAGCAGGACACUCAGGUGAACCUACAAGAGAAAAGACGAUCGUCACUCGUUGCUGUCAGCUCCAUGUCGAGUCCCUCUGAUUAUGACACAGCUCCAGACAUAAUGGAACCUGUCGACACUACUCCAGUCACGAAGAGGGAGCUUUCAAAACCAACAGACGAAGCAGCUCCGAAGGACGAUAAAGAAAAGCCUAUUAAACAACAGUUGACAGUCAAAGGGGCUCAUGACAGUAAAUUGAGGGCACCGUCUCCAAAGCAUCGUGCCCACACACCAAUAGCUAGUACGGCAUCUGGAUCUGAAUCAGAGGGGGAAGACGUCCGACGAGAAACAUUUGACAUCUAUGUGGCUCGAGCUGACUGCAGUCCUAAUAAUGGAAACAAGGACAGUUUUGUUCUGAAGGAAGGCCAGUUUGUAGAGGUCCUGGACUCUGUUCAUCCUGAUAGGUGGUUGGUGAGGACCAAGCCCACUAAAACCAACCCCGCUCGGCAGGGUUGGCUGUGUCCAGCCUAUCUGGAGAAGAAAAGAAAGGAGACCUUCCCACAAAUGAGAACACCUCCAGAAGAUCUUGAUGGGAUUGGGUCUACAGGAGAAGAAUACAGAAAAGCUCUGAGUCAGCUGAUCCAAGGACUGAUCGAUGGAGAAGAAGAGUUUGUAAAAGCAAUGAAGACAUUUAUCUCUCACCAGCUACAUCUUCUGGACUCCAGCAGUCAUGUCCCCGUUAACAUCCUUGAGCAGAAAGAAAUCCUUUUUAGGAACGUCAAGGACAUUGUGGUUACACAUGAACGCUGUAUCCUUCCUGUUCUGAGAGAGUGUGUCACAGAUGAUGAUGUUGCCAUGCUCCUAAUCAAGCACUCUGAAGACUUUGAGAAGUAUCUACACUACAUGGUGGGACAAGCACAAGCAGAGGCCUGCGUCACUGACAAAACUGUCCAGCACUAUUUUAAAGAGUUAAGAGAAUUGGACAAGUCUGACUCCCCUGUCAUGGAUGUUCUUACUUUCCUCCAGCAGCCAGGAGAAAGGAUUCAAACUUACCAGGCUUUACUGAAGGAGUUAAUAAAGAACAAAGCUAGAAGUGGCCAGAGCUGCUAUUUGCUGGAGGACGCCUUCUCCAUGGUGUCCUGCUUGCCCUGGAGAUCCGACAACCUGCAUCAGGUGUCCCUCAUAGAAAACUACCCUGCACCCCUGACUGCCCUGGGCGAGCCGGUGCGACAGGGUGUCUUCACAGUAUGGGAGGAAUCUCCAGAAAUUAAAACGGCCCCUAGAGGGCAUCAGAGACAAGUGUUUCUCUUCAAGGACUGCGUUGUAUUGUGCAAGUUGAAAAAAGACAGUAGCAUGAACCGAGACACAUAUGCAUUUAGGAACAAAAUGAAGCUGAAUGAUGUGGAAAUAAAAGAGAGUGUGGGUGGAGAGGAAAGGUCUUGGGGUUUGUGGCAUGAGCACAGGGGCUCCCUUCGCAGGUACACACUGCAGAGCCACUCCACACUUAUUAAACUCUCCUGGCUUAAAGACCUGAAGGAACUGCAGCAACACUCCAGUCUCCCUACUACCGGCCCUCCACUCUUUGAGUCGCAUCUGUGUGAUUGUGCAACAAAGAUAGGACAAACAAUCAAACUGACUUGCAAAGUCUCAGGAUCUCCAAAACCAGUUAUCAGCUGGAUCAAAGAUGGCCUUCCUUUGGAGGAUGAUCCACGUCACAUCAUCACAGCCGACAGGUCAGGAACGUGCAGUCUCAUCCUGGACAGCCUCACUGCUGAAGACUCUGGACAGUAUGCCUGCUAUGCUACAAACUCUAUGGGCAGUGCUGGGACUCUGGCUAAGGUGGUCGUGCAGGCUCCACCCAGGUUUCUGAGUCGACUGGAGAGUGCCUGCCUGAUAGAUGGAGAAGAUGUCCAGUUCUUUUGCUCCACACUUACUGUUCCUUUACCACGAAUCAGGUGGUUGAAAGAUGGUCGAGAUCUGACUGACCAUCAUAAAUAUUCCAUUGUGAGUGAUGCUCGGAGUGGAAUCCUGUCCCUGACAGUCAUCAGGGCAACAGAGGCAGAUAUUGGACAGUAUGAGUGUGAGCUUUGGAAUGAACUUGGCUACGUCAAGUGCAAGGCAGGUCUGUGUCCUGCCUUUGUACCACCGACGGAUGUUGAGAACGAGCAGCCACAGGAGUUACCCACUAAAGAUGCAGACUCAGAGGGCUGGUCCACUUCUUUUGUGAAAAAGUGGCUGCAGACUGAUUUCAACCCCACCUCUAUUGCCAAGAUGGCUUUCCCUCCUGAAUACUCUGAACAUGAUGAGUGUAGUACUGAAGUGGGUGUGCAUUCCUCCGCACCAUAUCAUGCAGUCCAGCAGCCUCUGUGUUUACAAGAAGAAGAGGAGGAGAUCUAUAUCUCUGAGCAAAUGCAGGAAAUUACAGAUGCACCUCCCUCCAUCCAAGUGCCCACUGAGGACCUAUGUGUAGAACCAGGCCAACCAGCAACAUUUACAGCCAUAAUCACAGGAAGACCUGCUCCUAAGAUACAGUGGUAUAAGGAUGGAGAGGAGCUUGCAGCCAGUGACGAUGUGAAGGUGGUACAACAUGGUGCCCGUUGCUCAGUGACCAUAGUGUGCCCUGAGGGUGAAGACAGUGGCAUAUACACCUGCUUGGCCCAAAACGACUCUGGCCAUGCCUCUUGUGAAGCUCAGCUUACAGUUGAAGAAGGUCAAUUUGAGUCUCAUGAGCGAGAAAUAGAGCUGGGGAAGAGAAGAAAGUUAUUCUCUGUGUAUGAUGUCCACGAGGAAAUAGGAAGGGGAGCGUUUGGGGUGGUAAAGCGUGUCAUCCACAGAAGAACAGGUGAAGUAUUUGCUGCCAAGUUUCUGCCUCUUCGGACCAGCACUCGGACCAGGGCCUUCCAAGAGAGGGACUUGCUCUCCCGUCUCGCACACCCCAGGGUGGCCUGCUUGUUGGACUUCUUCUGCACCAGACGCACGCUGGUGCUAAUCACAGAAAUGUGCUGCUCUCAUGGCCUUAUAGACCAUCUAAUACUGAGAGGCUCCAUCUCAGAACAAGAGGUGCAGUCAUAUAUCCAGCAAAUUCUUGAAGGAGUCGGUCAUAUUCACAGCCUGAACAUUCUGCAUCUGGACAUUAAACCUGACAAUAUUUUAAUGGUGUAUCCACCAAGAGAUGAGAUCAAGAUUUGUGACUUCGGCUUUUGCCAGGAAAUAGACAUAUCCCGGCACCAGUAUAGUAUGUUUGGUACACCUGAGUUUGUUGCUCCAGAGAUUGUUCACCAAGAACCCGUCACUGUAGCCUCUGAUAUUUGGGCUGUAGGUGUCAUAGCGUACCUGUGUCUAGUGUGCCGUUGCCCUUUUGUGGGCGAGACUGAUCGGGCAACAUUGCUGAGAGUGGGGGAAGGCACUUUAAACUGGGAUGCACCGGAUGUUAUGUGCAGGAGCCCUGAAGCCACGACGUUUCUCCAUAUGGUCCUGCAACCAGAUCCAGAGAGGCGACCAUCUGCCUUUGAGUGCUUGAGCCACGAGUGGUUCCAGGAUGAACAUGCAGGAGAAGAUACAGAUGAAAUCAACACAAGGAGUUUGAAAGUAUUUUCCGCUAAAAGAAAAUGGCAGCGUACUUUGACAUGCAUAGGGUCAGUGCUAACGCUGAGACCCGUUCCUGAGCUGCUAGACGCUCCUAUCAGGGAGACUUCGGUGACAGUUCCCCGUGAGCCCCAGGAACACAGCAGCACCUCCUUGAGCAGUGGCUCUUCGUCUGAAUAUGACGAGGCUGACUCCUGGCACUUUUUCCAACACUGCAGCCAGACUGAGGAGGAGGAGGAAACGGAAGAAGAGUACGAUCCUUUAACGGAGAGGGCACAGAUCCCAGAACCUUUCACCAAACACGAACUGUAUGAAAGGGAGGAUGAGGAAGGCACAUUGGGAGAGGAAGAGGAUGGGGAGAUGUUGGAAAGGAGGUAUGUAAUGGAGCGUAGUAUAAGCAGACAGUCACUUGCAUCAUCAACAACCACAGACCGAGAGACACCUCAGAGGGAACGUCGCUUCAGCAGGGACAGCAAUCCAUCUCUCUACCUUUCUGAGGGGGAUGAGGGCUCAGGGAGUGACGGGGGGCGCAUCCCUCGAGGGAGUGUCAUCCGAAGUACCUUCUACAACACCUCUCAACAGCUUUCUCCUAUGUCUGCCAGACACAUGACAUUAAGAGACAAAUUUCAGGCUAAAAAGCAAGAGAGAGGGCGCAAGCCUAUCAGGAGGAGCUUCUCAGGACGUCUCAAUGAGCCUCUUAUUGAAUAUGUGGAGGAUGAAACAGACAAUAUCCGUGGCCAGAGACGAGGAUCCCUGCAACCCACCAUGCAGAAGUCCUGCUCGUUUGACAGUGGUGUGGGCCUCGCCCAAGUCAAUCUCCCACCUCACAGAAGAAGCAGGUCUCUAGAUGAAUAUUCACGUCGAUCUCCUACCUCACCUGCCCGUGCAAAGGAAACUGAAGAAGAGGGAUCUCAGAGUAUGAAGGAAGACUUGACAGAUGAUGAAGUGGCAGGAAGAAACUUACUGGCGGCCCCAAGGUCCUACCGAGCCACAAGAAGAAGAGACUCUGUCACUGCGGUACAAGGGGCUCCCUCAGACUUCCUUGCUAGAGGCAGAAUGAGAUCCAAACUGGAUCGGAAGCAGACAGAAGGAGAUACUUUUGCCAGCUCCCAAGGCUCUCUUACUGAGUCAUUAAUUUUGGACCACGGUGGCUCAGAAUCUUCAAGCAGGCUCGGUUCCUGCGAGGAACUGAGUCAUUCUCAUCUCAGGGGAAAAUACGGAUCAGAAGUUAGUGAUAAUGAACAAGUUGAGCCCUUGAUUUCACCAUCCCCUCGCUCAUUUCAAGAACUAAAACCCAGAAGCUCAUUUCCUCAGGCACCGCCACGUAAUCGUACACGUUCUAAUCCCAGUUUGUCAAGCCCUAGUCCCAGCCUGUGCUCUCUGCAGGCUCCUGAGAGGCCUUCAAGGGCCAAAGACAGAAAAGAGGCUUCUGGACUCCAGAGGCAUGCAUCUGCUCCAGCCCUCGAAGCCCGCCCACCUAUAGGAAAGUCACCCAAACUAGGACUUUUCAAGAUCUUCCGUAGACAGUCCUGGACCGGCCACUCAUACUCCCAGCUCGAUGACGCAGAGUUAGGUCCCACACUGGGAGAAAUCAUGAAACCUGAUACACCCACUAUGUCUCUGAGAAAGAAGAUGAGAGCUUCAGCCUCCAGCUUGACCAAACUGUUUUCCAGGUCUUCUAGUAAGGAGGAUGUUAGUAAAGGAGCAGCAGCAGCAGCAGCAGGAGGUCCAAUAGUGAAACCAUCAGCUCCAAUCCCACCUAAAAGGAAGAGCAACAAGAAGAAUUCAAAUCUCUUUGCGUCUUUCAAAAUACCAGCAUUUAAAAAGACACAAGUCCGUCCCAACAAAGCCGAGGUGCUGCAGUUAUACGGAGGAGGAGUCCUGCUGGUGUGGAGGCCUGUUCAGGCUAAUGACCCUGUCAAUUACUGUGUGCAGUACUGUACGGAGGGUGGGGAGUGGGCAGUCCUGUCAGAUGAGGUGACUGAUAGCUGCUUUGUGGUCAAGGACUUACCAAGAGGAGCCUCAUACGUGUUCAGGGUGGGCUGCAUCACAAAGACCGGGGCAGGCCCUUUCAGUGAAGCUUCAGCUCCCGUUGUCAUGGCCACAUAUCCUGAAGAGAUCCACAUACCUCUUGUUCAAACUGAAUCGCUGGGGUCAAAGCCCACGGGCUCCGAGCAUCAAGCAGGGAACAAGAGCUUCAGCUUCCUCUCUGAGAUCAACAGGGGUCGUUUCAGUGUAAUAACCGUGUGUAGGGAUGUUGAAACCAGCCAGGUGUUUGCUGCCAAGAUCACAUCUUACCAGGCAGAACAAAGACCGCUGGUGCUGCGGGAGUACCAAUUGCUAAGGAGACUUCAUCACCCUCACCUCGUUCAGCUGUGCAAUGCUUUUAUCACCACCUGCUACAUGGUGUUAGUGGAAGAGCUGUGUCCCGGCAAGGAACUGCUCCACAGUCUGGCUGCAAGAGAUCUGUAUGCAGAGACUCAUGUCACAGAGCUGUUGCUUCAGAUUCUUAGUGCCGUGGAUUAUCUUCACGGCCGUCGGGUCAUCCACCUGGACCUGAAGUCUGACAACAUGCUGGUGGACGAUUGUAACCAACUGAAGAUUGUUGACUUGGGUUCGGCUCAGUCCUUCAUACCUGGACAGCCUCUCAAUGUCGAGCAUAUCCACGGCGUCUCAGACAGCAAAGACUGCCACAGCAAAGUUUAUAUUGUCCUUCCUAAAGCUCCAGAAAUCCUGGAGGGUCAUGGUGUGGGACCUGAAACUGACAUCUGGGCUAUUGGAGUUCUGUCAUUUAUCAUGCUGAGCGCCGACAGCCCAUUUCAAGCAGACCACAGCUGGGCGGAAGACAAGAACAUAAGGAAGGGGAAGAUCCAGUUUGGAUGCUGUUACCCUGGCCUGUCAGAGGGAGCCUUAAACUUCAUGAAAAGCAGCCUGAAUAACAAAUCCUGGGGGAGACCUACUGCAGCCGAAUGCCUCCAGAACCCCUGGCUGCGUGCACACCGUGCCCCACACAAAACCCGACACUCCAAAGUGUGUUUCUCCACUGAUAAGCUCAAAGCUUACCUCGCACAGAAAGAAGAGAAACGAGAUCAGGUGCGCACAAAGCUUCAAGGUCCGUUCUUCCAGUGAGGCCGUUAUACCACAACAUGAGAUUUACUUCUUUAAAACAAAACGUGCAGCCUUGAAAUAUUUCAUCACAUCUGCGUUUGCUCCCUGUGUGGCCCUUAUUCAGGCACGCAUUUUGUUAUACCUUGAUUUUAAACAUGUGAUGCGUCUUAAUAGGUUUUAAUUUGUAUUUAGCUAGUAAACUGUGUGUGUGGGCUGCAGUUUAUGUGGAAACAUAUCAGGGAGGAUAAAACUACAUCUGAGCAUUGACUGCAGUGGUGCAUGACGUGUAAAGUUUAGAUUUUUGCCAUAAGAUGGUGUUGCUGUGGUCCUCUGCUGCAGUGUCAGAUGGAAACACUCAUUUGGCUUUGAAUAAAAAUGUUUUCUAUGUUAUGAUGCCACUUAAAGAAAGAACAUAUAUUUCAGUAUUUAUUUAAAGCUUUGCAUGAUCUAUCACAGACACAUCAAAAUUAUACUGGGUUAAACUCCCAUGAGAAUAAAUUCAUGAAUGAAAGAUUUAUGAAAUGGCGCAAAUUCUCAGUCAUUGACCUUGGGUUCUUUAUUUAUUUUUGUUUGUAUACAAACACACAAUCAUGACAUGUACAGUACCAUAUCUGGAGUCCAAUACAAGGAAGGACUUUCUGUCAGAGGACACCUCAUGUGCAGAAGGGUUUACAUAUGUAUUGAUGUCAAGAAUUGAUGAACUUUGCUAUGUGUGAAUUUAUUUCAGCUUUAGUUGAAAUAAACAAAACAAAUGACAGUAACUAUUUUGUGAACCCCGGCUUGUGGCAGUCAUGGGUGCUCCGUGACUUAUGCACUGUAGGUCAGUACCAAAGCUGGACUUGUAGAGACAAACGCAGCACUGGAUUUGGCAGUUGUCCAUUUCUUUUUCUCUUACACCAAAGUGGUAGAUAUAUAUUAUAUUGUGUAUUACACCUAGAUUUCACCUCUUCAUUUAACUAAAUCUAACACAGCUCUCCUAUCACUUAGUCAACAAGAAACAUCUUUCAGCUCAGAAGUCCACAUUUCCAUCUCAGUUUGAAAACAGUUCAGACGAAACAACUGACCGUACGACGUAGAGAGGAAAGGGAAAAUGAACUUUCUCCAGAAAAGAGACUGUUUCAUGUGCAUGAUCUCUGACAGGCCCACUCGGCUCUGGGUCUUGGGAUCCCACAGAAGAAAAACUGAGAUAGUGUUUAUUAAUUACAUGGCCUCCUGAACUUUUUGGAUUUCCUGCAGAGAGAAAGAGAGAGGAAAAAACAAACUUAUCCAACAUAUUUAGGAAUUUGAACAAGUAACAGCUAGGGCAUUUUAUAGUUUUCAUUACUUCAUGUAGGAUUUCUUUCAGCUCCUCGUAGGCCUUCUCUAGGUCAUCAUUGAUGAUAACAACGUCAAACACUCCAGGUUCUUUACCUAUAAAUCAACAUUCAUUUAAUUUGAGUGAUUUUUCUUUAUUCCAGCAUCAUGCUGCAGCAGAACUGCUGUGAAACUUACUGAGCUCCAUAUCAAUGCGCGCAGCCUCCAGACGUUUCUGUAAACUCUCCUCCGUUUCUGUCUGCCUGUCCCUCAGACGUUGCUCCUAAGA